CGGAGCUUGUGCAUGGCGCUCGAGUGCGGCCCGUCGCAGGCUGUCUCCACGGCGGCCGCGCUCUUCACCUGGGGUGCAAAUAGCUACGGGCAACUUGGCCUUGGGCAUAAGGAAGAUGUAUUUAUGCCCCAGCGACUGAGUGACUUCUGUAGACCUGGGUGUAUCAGGAGUGUCACAGGAGGAGGGGGCCAUUCCGCAGCUGUCACAGAUGGAGGAGGUCUUUUUGUUUGUGGCCUGAAUAAAGAUGGGCAGCUGGGGCUUGGUCACACAGAGGAAGUGCUGUAUUUUACCAUCUGCAAGCCUCUUGUUGCUUGUCCCAUCCGACAGGUGGCCUGUGGCUGGGAUUUCACCAUCAUGCUCACAGAAAAAGGUCAAGUUCUGUCAUGUGGAUCCAAUGCCUUUGGCCAGUUAGGUGUCCCACACGGCCCUCGCAAGUGUGUGGUUCCCCAGGCCAUUGAGUGCCUGAGAGAGGAAGUUGCUUGUGUCGCCGCUGGACUGAGGCACGCAUUAGCCACCACAGUGAGUGGCAGCGUGUUCCAGUGGGGGACUGGCUUGGCAUCUUCUGGACACCGCUUGUGUCCUGGGAAGACUCUCCCGCUGUUUUUGACGGCAAAGGAACCCAGCAGAGUGACAGGCCUAGAGAACUCUAGAGCAGUGUGUGCUGUUGCCGGAUCUGCCCACUCAGCCUCAUUAACAGAUACAGGAGAGCUGUAUGUCUGGGGCAGUAACAAGCAUGGGCAACUGGCUUCCCUGGCUGCGUUCCUUCUUCUGCCCCAGAGAAUAGAAGCCCGUUGCUUUCAGGAUGAAAAGGUCACUGCUGUGUGGAGUGGCUGGACUCACCUGGUUGCUCAGACAGAAACUGGCAAGGUGUUCACCUGGGGUCGAGCAGACUACGGUCAGCUGGGGAGGAGGUUGGAGUCUCCCGAAGGCCAGAAACCCGGAGAGCAUGAUCCAUCACUCGCCUUCUGGAGGCCGCGGAGCAGUGUGCCUUCGCCCCUGCAUUGCCUGACAGGAGCAGCGGAGAUGGGCAGAGUUGCGUGUGCCUUUCCGAUGAAGAAGCUGAGGCACAGAGAGGUUAAAUCCAGGCGUAGGCGUCAAGGAGUCAAGGAGAACCUUCCUGCACGAGUUGCUUGUGGCUCAGAGCACAACUUGGCAGUGAUUAGUGGCAGGUGCUGUUCGUGGGGCUGGAACGAACAUGGCAUGUGUGGGGAUGGCACCGAGGCCAGCAUCUGCACCCCAACUCCCGUGCUCUCACUGUCGGGACUCCUCCUCGUGGGCUGCGGAGCCGGCCACUCCUUCGCCGUGUGUCAGCUGCCAGCGCACCCUGUGCCAUGCCGGGAUCCCCAGGUCACCUCCCCAUUCCCAGAUGCCACAGAAAACCCUGAGUCUCAGGACGCCGUGGAUAGAGAGAGAAACUGGAAGGAGAGACAAUCCGUAACUUCAAUCCAAAGCAAUUCUGACAGGAUGAGAAACAGUGGACCCUAAGAAAGAACCUGUAAUAAAGUGGCUUGUCCCAACAAAAGAUUCCUGGAGAAUCCUUCUGUUAGGUUAUGGGGUCAGUAAUGCCCCUGUCAGCUGGAGUGGGCUCUCGACAAGCGCUGAGGGCUGGGUAGAACUGCUGGCCAGAACAGCGGGGAGCCGUUGCCCAGUGCUCAGAGAUGUCCGAGCUAUGGCGAGGACAGCCUUUCUACUGGGCAGAUGCGCAUGAGGGGAUCCUCACUAAAGAACAUGCAGCGUUAAAACAUCAGCAAGGAGGGGUCGAGGCCCCCGUGGCUGUGUGAAGACAGAGGCUUCAUGUUCAGAGCUUCGAAUGUCUGACCUCUAACCUGAGGGCUUAUUUUCUAUCCAGAGUCCAUAGCUUGCCUGCUGAGGUACCCAGGUACUCUGCCUAAAGACUCAGGUCUUUAUGCUCAGGCCCAAGCAAAGGCUUGGGGGUCGGUGGGAAGAAUGGAGUCUGUGGAGAGAACCCAAGUCUUCUGGGGAGACCCAAGUGCAGACGGGGGUGUCUGAAGCUGGAAAAACCCCCAUAACGUGUAUAAGUUGUCCUCCAACCAGGCAGAAUUUGGGGCUACUGUAGUAGGUGAAUUGUGAACUCUCUGAGCUGGGAAGACGGCUCCACCAUCUUCCAGAGGUUACAGAAUUCUGGGGCAUUAAAGUUGGGGACCUUCCAUCACCAUAGAGCCUAGAGGCCUCCAAACUACAUUCCUCAGAGCCUGGUAUAGUGUCACACGCCUUUAAUACUGCCACAUGGGUACAGAGCUAGAUGGACCUCUGAGUUCAAGGCCAGCCUGGUCUACACAGUGAGUUCCAGGCCAGACAAGGCUUACAGAAUGAGACCCUGUCUCAAAAAGGAACAAUACCAACAAACAAACAAACAAAACGAAAACCAACACCCUGCAUUCUUCAGAGCUUCAGGCACCUCCUUGCAGACUGGUAACGGGGCCAGGUAGACAGCAAGCAGCUUACCCAGCUACCGGUUAUUUCAGGCGGUGUUGUUUGGUUGUUACGUGGUGUGUUGUGCUCUGCAUGAGAUUGUAUUCGAUAAGUGGGACCUUAAGAAAGUGUAGAAACUGCUGAUCUCAUUCAGCCAUUCUUGUUGCUCAUCAGGAGAAAAUGGAGACUGGGAAGGGGGGACUGGACCAUCUCAAGGUCACACACCGAAUGCCUGGUCCAGGGGGACCCAGCCAGAGCCCUCAGCUAGCAAAGGGUGUGAUGAGAAGUGGCUGAGUGUAUAGGUUCAGCUCAGGCUCGGAGGACGUCAGUUCCAUCCUCCACAGCCUGGACGCCGCCCGCAUCCGCAGUCUGCCUCCAGCACAGCACACCAAGUCUUCCUUUUAGACUGGAAGGAUGCCCAAGAAGUAUGCCCUGUUCUGCACAAUCAACCCCCGAACCAGGAUGCCAGAGGCGGCAUUUGUCCUCUGAUCUGCUCUUGCCAGCAUGACCACGCCCGCAGAGAUGGCUCACCGAGGGGUAAGCCAUACCGGAGCAAGCUCAGGGUUACUGUCCUGUAGGCCGAGUGGUUGGCAGCAACCAGGCCAGAAAAUCAUUCCCACGUGACCUGUUUCCAGUCACAAGGAACCAAUACCAUCUUGCCCAGAGCACGCUCCUCUUAUCCCCUCCAGUAAGCGCUGGAGAACUCGGCUCCCUGAGCUUCUGUCACUGAGCCCAGUGCCUUGUUUGCAGGCAUCGUGGACAGGAUCAGCUUGUAGGCCACAAGUCCUUUGAUCGCGAAUCUCAGAUUUCUACAGGUAGGCCAGAUCCUUCCAGAAGCAGGCAGAGGAAGGAAUGGUUUCCUUUCCAACACUUCACCUCCGCUGCCUCAUUCUGCCCUUCCUUCCUGAUGACAGUGUGGACAGAGGCAUUUCUCCUCGCUCUGCAUGGUUCUGAUGGGUGAAGGCACUUACCAGAGAUAGUUGAUAAGUCCAGAUUUUGUUUUGGCCUGCAGCCUUUGGUGGCUAUUUGUCUUUCUAAGAUGUCCAAGCUCCCUUUCCUGGCAGCCCAUGGAGGAGCCAGCAAUUUGUCAACUCUAGAACUAAGCAACCUGUAAUGGAGGAUUUUCUCAAUGUUCCGGGGAUCACUGUGGAGUAGGGGUCGACUGAGUGGGCCCUGAGAUCCCAUUCUUAUCCUCUCCACUCUAUUCUGUUUACGGCUUUUUACAGCCUGUCUACAAGUCUCGUGCACAUGUGAAGUGUCGCUUCACCACCUGGUUAGGCUCCUUAGGGUCACAGGAACCAACCUGAGAAAAGAGCUCAUUUUUCAAAAAACAAAUUAUGUUUUCAAUGAAUAAUUUUGCCUGCAUUCCCUGCCCCUGUCCCUCAGGAGGAGGAGGAAAUGCCUCCACUGUGUGCUUGUGGGGCUUUGGCCGCCCUGGAGUGGGUGUUGAGGGCUCCACAUUCCCGCACCGUUCUCCCCUUCUGGCCACAGGGACCCAUCUUCCCUUGACACAUCUUUCACCCCGGCCAUGAUGGCCUGUGAGUAACCGUGGAUGGUGGGCUGUCUGGUUUCCUUUCUUGACACAAGCUACAGUCAUCUAAGACAAGAACCUCAGGUGAGAAAAUGCCUCCGUAAGGUUGGCUGCCAGCCAGCCUGUUGGGCAUUUUCUUAAUUAAUGAUUGAUGGGGAGGGCCCAGCCCCAUGGAGAUGGGGCCAUCCCUGGAUGCUGGUCCUGGGUUCUAUAAGAAAGCAGGCGAAACUGUGAGGAGGAAGCCAGUAAACAGCCUUCCAUGGCCCCUGCCUCAGCUCCUGCCUCCAGGCUCCAGCCUCCUGGCAUUCCUGUCCUGACUUCCUCCAGUGAUGAACAGUGAUCUGGAAGUGUGAGCUGAAUAAAGUCUUUCCUUCUCAA